CGCCCCCGCCAACCGGAGCCGCCCGCCAGCGGCCGAAGCCGGAUACGGAGGUACCGAGACAAGACGCGGUCAUGGCGGACUGGGGUCGAGGUCAGAGUCCAAAUGCUGUGGACGAUAUGCUAGAUGUGGAGAAUAAGCGUAUGGCGGACAAUCUAGCCACCAAGGUCACCAGGCUGAAAUCGCUGGCACUGGAUAUUGACAAAGAUGCUGAGGAUCAAAACCGCUAUCUGGAUGGCACGGACUCAGAUUUCAUGAGUGUGACAGGCCUGCUGACGGGGAGUGUGAAGCGUUUCUCCACCAUGACACGCUCGGGAAGGGAUAAUCGCAAACUGCUUUGUUACAUUUCUGCUGGACUGGUGGUUGUCUUUUUCAUCCUCUAUUAUCUGGUCUCAAAAGCACGGACUUGAGUGGGGUCCUCAUGCUGGAAUUUUUAUGGAAAGAAAAACUUUGGUCAUGAUAAACAGAGACUUGCUCAAGGUUAUCCUCAAUCUACCCUUUCAAGAAUAGUUGGGAUAUUCCUGAAGGACCAGAAAACCUCUCUGGACUCCAGGUUACUGUCACUUUUCUAAUCAGUCUUGGAGAGAUUCAUCAAUUAUAUUCAUUUUAUGAAUAUAGUUCAUUUUGAUCUUUUUAAAUGUAUGUAUACCACAACUUGAUCUCCUAGUUGACACUUAGCCUUUGUUUAUUGUCCAUGACCUUUAGCCUUCAUCUAUUGCCUGGCUCAUAACCAUGUCGUGUCCACCUUAAUGACGUGCCAUGUUGUUAAUGUGAAAGUGUCUGACUCAACCCAUAGUAGCAAUGUGCCUGUGCUCCAUUCAUAAAUGAGCAGAGCUGGGGAGGCUGCAUGGUUUAGUCUGAAUAUGGGACUGGGAGGCAGGAGCUGUUGAGUUCUAAUCCAGCUCUGUCAUUGGCUUGCUCUGUGGUCUUGGGAAGUCAGUUAAUCUCAUUUUAUGUUUUGAAAUACAUUAAUACCAACAGCAUCUCACUAGGCUAGAAUUGUUGUAUAACACUCUAAAGAACUGAAUUGUGUGUGGUAGGUACUGAGUUGAGUAGUUACUACUUGUUACAAAAAUCCAUCAGCCAUUCAUGGUAUCACAGCAGGAUUUUACAACCAUGAUAGCUUGGUUUUACCUGCUUGCUUGUCUUAUAGCCGAGGAUGGGGAAAGGCAGUAAAGAGAUGGCUGGUGGCAGUAGCACAAAUAUGGCUCUUGUAACACAUACACACGUGCUCAGUUGCAACUGUAGAAGACAUGCAAGAGUUGAAAAACUGAAGAGGAAAAAUAUUACUUUACAAAAGGCUUGGAAACUAUUGUUUAAAUAAUCUAGAAGGGGAAGUUAUUUGUACAGUUGGUACUAGCAUUCCCAUAAUACAUUUCCACUCCAUAGAUAAAAAUGGAGUUUAGAUCUGUCAUCUUAAGUGGUCUGAUCAGAGGGAUGAUUUAAAAUAGGAGGUAACCUUAGAAUUCCCAAUUCUUUGUCCCCUCCACAGUACAUCACCUGGUAGGUACGCUGCAUGUCACUGGGUGACUGUCUGGAGUACAUACCUGAGCAUGUAUUGUCUAUUGUUUGUGAAGCCAUCACUCCAGAGCUUUCAGCACUUUGAGAUACAGUAUGUACCCUGUUCUGUGAUGAUUCUACAUAAUUCUGUGCAUUAGAAUGCUGUGUGAAUGAAGGAUGUUAAUUAUCUUUCAGCACUACAUCUUUAUUCUGUACUGUAUGUUGGUUAAGAAUGCUCAUUCCAAACCACCCUUCUCUCCCUUUCAUUGACCUUGUUAUGUCCCCUCUCAUUCCAACCCAUGUAUGUUCUCCCAUCUGAAUUAUUUAUAUCUGCCUCCAGUUAUAAUAAACCAUUCUAAGAAUACUGCUAUUGUUUAAAAAAAAUACCCCAAACUCUACACAUUAUUUUAAAAGGCUCUUAUGGUACAAAACGACUCUACCAUAAUUGUUUUCUAGUGUAUAUUAAUUGUUCCAAGGGCUUCUCUGGAUUCUCCUGUAAGAUAGCCAAUCAUCAAGCAAAGCAAUCUCUUAUUCCUCUUGAUGUAGCCACCUCUCUAGGACCAAAGAACAUAUCCUCUAUACAGUUAUUCUCCCCAAACAAACUCAUAUUCCCUAAUCCCUGUAUAUAUUGUCUGACCCUGACAAAUGACACUGUGAGACAGUGAAGAAUUCCUCUCUUACAAGCCACAGAACAUUGAUCCUUCUGCAGAUUUAGAUCCAGUUUUCUUAAUCUGCUUCUUACCUUGAAUAUUGAUUUUCUAAUGUACUAGUUGAUGUACUGUAACUUGUGUCCUUAUCCUGUUCCAAAGGUAGAAUGUGCAAUAGGGAUGGAGAGAGAAGGAUGCAGUGAUGAUCCACUCUGGCUCUUGGCUCAGUUGACUCAGUCCUGUUUGAUUCUUGUCUUUGGUAAGACUUGGCUGUUCUAAGCUCAUUUUACAUGCUUAAAAAAUUUGGGUGGCUCACUUGACUAUUCCGUCUGCUUCCCUCAAGCAAAUCUUUCCUAACCAAAAAACUCCAAAGCACUAAUUCUUGCCAGAGCAAUGAUUUCUUUAUUUUGCUUUUUAUGGUGUGAAUAAACUUGUACUGUCUUAA